GCAGCUGUAGAGGAUUGAGGAAAGAGCAAAGGCAUAUGGGAAGAGAUGGCGUGAUUUUGAGUCUGGGGAGUUCUGGAGCUUGAACGCAGGCAACGUAAACUACGGUAUUUGGACUGGGCCACCUUUUUACCCGUUUCCGCAACCGCGUGUAGACUAUUGUUCGGAAGAGUUCAAUCGCAAAUGAUGGACAGAGCCAGGUGCAUGUGCGCGGUCGUACCCCGUGAUUUUGACUCGGCCACCGGCGGAAGGCGCAAUGUGACGUAAUGACCAGUUUGGAAAAUUCCAGCCCUGUGAGAAAUCUGAUGCCCAUCCGCAAAUAGGGAAAGGACCGACCGAGAGUUGCUGGAGUAUUACUUCGUAUAUCACGAGCGAGGUUAGUACUUGGCGGAACAUGACUCAGUCCUUAUCGAUAGAGCGCUCUUCCUCAUCCAGCGAAAACAUCACGACAGAACUCGACCGUAAUAACCCACCAAACCCGGCAGAAUGUCGCUCACAGAAUCCGCUCCUCCGGCACCAGCGCCCGUCCAAUCGCUCAUCGCGCACGACACAUCCCCCCAGACUCACGAUGCCGCGCUGCACUCGCUCGCGAUUCAGAUCAAACACAAUCUCCAAUACCAGCACAACUGGACUGCCCUCGACACACACACCCACUCGCCGCUGACGGGCGCCCUCCUCCCUCGGCCGCUCCUCUCCGGGCUCCCACCGCACCGCCUCUACGUCCACCCCGACGAGCAGAUCGAGUUGCUCAAAGACGCGGACCGCGCGCGCAAAGCGAACCGGGAAGGCGGGCCGGGCGCAUUGGAGGUGAAGGCCGCGCCGGAGCGCGAAUGGAUACUGCCGGCGCGGUUGAGCGAGAAGUGGACGCUGCGCAGGCUGGCCGAGGUCUUUGAUGGCGUUAGUGAGGUGCCGCCCGAGGAGGAUGGCACCGUGGGAGAGACGAGCAAGUGGAGGCGGACGAAAAGGGUGGUGCUGGCGACGGUGGACACGGACAGCACCGUUGUGUACUAUAUCGUCCAGGACGGUGUCGUGAAGCCGAGGCAGAACUGAUUGGGCACAGCGACGAGGUUGCGACAGACUUGCGGUCAUUGGGAAAGGCCUAGUAACGGGUGGGAUACAGCCAUGCGGAUGCGUCUGUGAACCAAUAUUGUGCUCUACGGUAUCGCCGAAUAUAUCGUAUCCCCCGGCCCCGGCAUUCGGUAGAAAUGCUCCAGAUCCACCUCCCUCUCAUCCGGCAGCUGAUGCCUUUCUGCCCACGCUCGCACGCCCUCGAAGUCUC